UUUCUGUAUGGAUUCCGGUCGUCUCUUCUUCGAUGCCUCCUGCCAUGGGAAUAUGUUGCUCCUCGGGAACCCAGAUUCCAUCUUUCGAGGACCGAGAUCAUUGCUGAACAUGGAGGAAACCACGAAAAGGCGCCCCUUCUUCAGCUCGCCGGAAGAAUUGAUGGAUGAAGAAUUUUACGAUGAACAGCUGCCGGAAAAGAAACGGCGCCUCACCCCUGAGCAGGUUCUCCUCUUGGAGAAGAGCUUUGAGACGGAGAACAAGCUGGAGCCUGAGAGGAAAACCCAGCUUGCCAGGAAGCUAGGCCUUCAGCCGAGGCAGGUUGCCGUGUGGUUCCAGAACCGCAGGGCUCGUUGGAAGACUAAGCAGCUUGAGAGAGAUUAUGAUGUCCUCAAGUCCUCUUACGAAUCCCUUCUCUCCAAUUACGAUUCCAUCCUCAAGGAGAAGGAGAAGCUCAAAGCCGAGGUGGUGUCUUUGACUGAGAAACUACUGUCCAAGGAAGCGACAGGAACGGCGGUGGGAUCGGUCGGACCAAUGGUCGAACCGCAUGGAAGUAUUUUGGGUCAGGAAGGAGUGGUUCAGAUAAGUGUGAAGGUGGAGGACCGACUGAGCUCAGGGACUGGAGGGAGUGCCGUGGUGGACGUCGAGGAAGGUGGUCUACAGCCGGUAGACAGCGGCGAUUCAUACUUUCCCGACGACGAAUAUCAUAGCUGCAUGGCCGGUGGAGGGCCCGAUGGAAUCAAAUCGGAAGAAGACGAUGGGAGCGACAAUGGUGGAACCUACUACUCCGGCGUCUUUGCCACUGCCGACCAUCAACCCCAAGAGACUUCUGAGUCCUUGGGCUGGUGGGUCUGGUCUUAAAAUACUUAAUCCCUUCUUUCUUCUG